AUGACCACUUCAGAUGACGUCGUCAAGUGGGUGUCGGCGUUAUCCGACGAUCAGGCUGGUGUGUUCACAUUCUCCAACUGUGUCUGCCUUUCAGACAUGUAUGGCGAUGGUGAUACUAAGCUGGUCGUAGCACAUAUUGGAGGCUCGAAAUUCAACUUGCGGUUGAAAGUAAUCAGAGGUGUGACGGUGGUCGGUGAAUGCGCAUUGGCCGAGAUGCCGACGGCUGUCGUUUCCUUCUACAAUGAAAAAGUGAUACGGCCAGACAUUUUUCCUUCGCUUUUUAACUCAUUUGAAUUUUCAAUGAGUUUCCGAGAAAAAGUAUCAAGCGUAUUCAGGCUACUCUACCAGCGAUCGGUGUCGCAUCUGGUUCAUUUAUUCGAGUCUACAAAAAUCUGA